CUUAUCCAGCCGAGGUCUUGCCCGGUGGUAGGGAUACGCAGGUGCGCCUACCGUCAUUUAUUCAUUUGAAUUCGAUCGACGAAACCGGCGACUGGGAUUCCGCGCGUCAAAGCCGUCCUCCACUGGGAGCAAGCGCUGCAAACGCCGGAAACGCUGGAAACGCAUCGCAGAUCAGUCACAAAACGUAUCGAGGACGCUCCCGAAGUGGUCCACGUACCACACCUCUUCGAUCUCCAUCCAGAAGUCCCAGUUUCAAACGCGACAUCUUAAUGGUGCCCAUAUCUUCUAAGUCAAGGAGGUUUUCGAAGUCAGGAUGACAACGCGCUCUUGACAGUGGGGUCCAGUCCUUGUCCAGAAGCGGUGCCUGGGAAGCAACAGAGUUCGAAGAACCACGGUGGAGAACCAUCGGGAAUCCUUGGAGAUUUUCAUGGAUCCUUCCUAGGUGCUCCGAUAUCUCGAUUAGUCAUCGAUCAAGGGACGUUCUUCCGACCUCGUGGACAGUUUCACCAGGUAGCCGAGAAGAUGAUCUCCAGGACGUUGGUCGUGGUUCUCUGUCUGUGUUCCUCCAGCUUGGAGCAGCCCAUGUUCUUCACCAAUUCCUUCAAGGGUCUUGAGGGAUUGACGGUCCCCAGAAAUCAAUUUUCUGGGGAUGUUCCUGCCGUUUAUUACCAUGAUCAGACAGUGGCCGUAGUGGAGCUCGGCUUCGACAACGAGCUGCACAACUGCGACCUCGUCGAGAUCUAUGAGCCAAGAGAGGCGGUCGAGGUGCUGAGGAACCUCUCCGUCCUGGGAGAGCCUCGAGAGAUAUCCUUCCAGGACAUGACGACCCUGAUGCAACAAUGCGAUCAGGUCGACGUGAUCCUUCAAGGAACAACACCAACCUUGCCCACCAGCACGCCCAGCGGGGAGAACCAACAAGGAGUAAAUCCCCUGACCUUGUUUUCAGGGAUCCUGCCAGGCACCAAAUGGUGCGGCUCUGGGGACAUCGCGACUAACUAUCACGAUUUAGGUCAAGAAGCUAGGAUAGACAGGUGCUGUAGGACACAUGAUCACUGUCCAGCAAAAGUUCGCGCCCAGCGGACGCGAUACGACGUUACUAAUUACUCUUUGUACACUAAGUCGCACUGCAACUGCGACGAGGGUCUUUAUCAGUGCCUGAAGACGGCUAAUCACCCCACAGCGAACGUGAUGGGUGUGAUAUACUUCAAUAUCGUGAGAGUACCGUGUUUGGAGGACAUACCCGAGAGCGAACGGGCUCCACGAGGACCCACGAAAAGGUUCCGACCCCCCAAGAUGAGAUAUUAAUGUAUUUAGAUGCUAAGAAAUUUCCUCUGUGAAAUAAACAAGUUCGGUCUGAGGUAAAAUUUUGUAAAAGAAAAA